GUUUAUUUGUUGGGAUUCCAGUGGAAUGAAAGAUUUUAUUUGAUUUAGGCUAGGUGGUCUUUUCUCCAUUUUUGUUGGUGAAGUUGAUCCAUUGUUACAUGGGGGACUUCAAAACUUUCUGUGAUUCAAUGUGCUUUCAUUUUUUUUGUAGACGUUUUUUGGGAUAGAAAGUUCGUGAUUUGUUUGAGGCUUUUCCGAGUUUUUGAAAUUCGGGGCUUUUCCCUCCGAGAUCAGAAGGAUCAAGUCUGUUAAACAUUUUUUUCCCCAAGUAAUUUCUUAUUUUUAUUUUUUAUUGGUGACUUCUAUGAUGAACGUCACGUAUCAAAAUAUGGCCUACGCUGUUGGAUUUUUUGUUUUUAGGUUUUUUAAAAUGAUUCUGGUGAAAUUGAUGGUUUUGGCUUUGGAUUUUGUAUUUCGUUUAUCUUCACUAAGCUAUAUUAUACUUUUAAGGAAUUAAUCCCUGGCAUCCUUGUUCAUUUCCAUGUGUAGUUCUUUAUAAUUUUAGAAAGUAUCGGUUGAAUUAUGACAAAUAUGGUUAAUAAUCCCAGGGUAAAUUUGUUCUCAGGCUGUGGUUCUCUCUUCUUUCUUUGAUUACAAUUUGAUUCCUUUUUUCUUUUUUAGUAAAUGUUGAAAAAUAAUUCAGUCAGAGCUAUGAUCUUCGGGUUUUUAUUUUGUUUUAUGUUGUUUUUCAUGUGACUGGUUCUUUUGUGGCAUUGGUUGUUUGAUUGUGGCUUUUGGUUACUUUCUCUUUCUCAUUUUUACUAAAUUUUUAUUUGUGUUUGGGAUCUUUAGCGAAUGGGAUAGCUUCUGAGAUGGAGUUCGGAUUUUACAAAUUUGAAAAUGGACUAAGGAAGAAGAAAUUUAUUGGUUUAUUAGGUUUAUAGGUGGAUUGUUGAUGGGUAUUGCGAUGAUGGUAAAUUUACCCUUUGAUGUUUACAUCUUUAAAUCAGUUGAUAUUUACUGUGGAAUUUUUAAUGUGUCUCUGAGACAAAUCGUGGUUGACUUUUCCUGAAAUGGCAUGGAAGGAACCAAUGACAAUUCCAUGUGACCUGCAUAAUGCAGUUGAGGAUUGGCGUAUUUCGGGGGGCAAAAUGAUCAUAAUAAUGUUGCAGUUACAUUCAAAAUAGGACUGGUGAAAUGUAAUUGAAGAUCCAUGAACGAGUAUUAUUCUUACAUUUGAAUCCAUGAGAAAUAUAGCAUCUGUUUGACUAUUGGAUUUGUUUGCCUCCCCUGAAAAAACUGUCAUUUUUUAUCAAAUUAUGGCUUCGCCAAGUUCUUCCCAUUUUGAAUCAGCCAGGACCGAGCAGAUCAUUUCUGAAUUUUUCUUGAAGGGCUUGCAUGUCAUAUUAGAGUCAAGGGUACCUUUCUUAUGUUCGGAAACCCACAGGACGGAGCAAGGUGGGUUAUCAUCGUCAUCUGUAUCCCGUGUUAGAAAGAAAGAUAAGUGGUUCAUGUUAGCUAUAGGGGAAUGUUCUGCAGCUUCAGAGAUUCUUAAUGUAUGGCAUAAGAAUGCCAUGGAUCCCUUGGUGAUUGAUGUGGUUCUUGUGCAAGAAGACAGUUCCAAGGCUCAAGGUUCUGACAAAGAAAUUGGGUCCCCUAUGAAACUACAUUCCUUUAGCGAUACAUUCACAAGUGCCCAAUCGACAAGCUACUGGAAUGUUGGUGAGGAACACUUCAACUCAUCAUCCAAAGAAACCUCAGUAAAGGUUUUAGAGAGAUGGGUAAUGCAAUACGAGUCCCUAAAGUCAAGCACAAGAGACCACCUUUCUAGUAAAGGCCGUGGAAGUUUGGGAUUUGGGGAGACAGUUUCUCAUUCCAGUGAUGAUCCUACUGCUUCUACUAGGAUGUAUAAAAGAUUGAUCUUGCUCUUACGCUCCCUCUAUGUAACCUCAAGACUCUUGCCAGCUUAUAAACUCUUCCGAAAGCUUAAUUCAUCGAACCAGAGCUACAACUUUGGUAUUAGUUACCGUGUUUCAUCAUUUGUGGAACCUUUCUCUCGCAUGGAAGAAAGGGAGAUGACAAAUUUCAGGUUUACACCUGUGGAUACAGCCUUUGGCAGGCUUUCUUUAUCCGUUUCAUAUUGCACUGUUUUACCACAUUUAAACAUUGAGGACUCUACAUCACUAUUGCCACCUAUUAUAGUAGACUAUGUUGGAAGUCCAGCUGCUGACCCUCUAAAGAGAUUUCCGUGUGGGUCACUUCCUAAAUCUGUUGAUAAGGGGUAUCAGGCCACUUCCUUUCCUUCUCAAGGGAUUAGAUCAUCAUACUCUUCACCAUUUCAACGUCCACAUAGCUGGAGUAGUGGUCUUUCUCGGUGUGGUCCUCCUACAUACUCGCCUUCUCCCCCAUUGUAUCCUAAUUAUUCAAUUCCUUAUUCUACCUUAUCAGAUUCUCAUGCUUCAACAUCCAAUGUCCAUGGCCAUCGUGUUCCUCCUUGUGGCCACCAUAACCACGAUCAAUCUGCCCCAAUUAGUUAUAGACCUUCAUCUCAAAAGAAAGGUACAAGUUCUGAGGAGUUGUGGCUAACACCUCCAUUCUCACCAUCAUCUUCUCCUUCACCAACAAAUUCACCGAGUUGCAACCCCUUGCUUAAUCGCCCUCGUUUUGGGAGUUCUCCUGUGAGUAUACCAUUAGGUAGGAAUCCUGGAUGUGUCUCACCUAAUAACUCUGACCCAAACAAACUUUUACUUCCUCCUCCAUCACCUAAAAGUAAGAGGCCGGAUUACUCAAAUCGUGAUGAUAGUUCUCGAGGCCAUGCUACUCAUGUUUCUGGUUCUCAAGAAUCCCCAUCCCCAUCUAGAGGUAAUUCUUUCAGGAAGAAUGAUGCCUUAAAAUCUGGAGAAACGUACAUAGGCAGUACCAGCCUGCAAACAAACUUGGGCCAAAAGGUUUUCAGAGAUAGUAGGGAGGACUCUGGAAGAUUUUCGGGGUUGAUCUCUUCUAGUAGCUCGCCACGGUUUGGGUUUUCAAGAAGCUCAAGUAGAUUGUCUCUCCAAGAUGACCUUGAUGAUUAUGAGUUUACCUGUCCAUUUGCUGUAGAUGAUGUGGAUACAAUUGACUCUCACACUAGGAAUGACCCCUCUGACGGGAAGGAUGCUCCCGAUGCUACUCUCAUGUUUCAUUCCACGCGCAAGUCACAAGAUGCGGCCGUCGGAGCCCUUGUCCACAUGCUCCGGACUGCACCACCUCUCCGCCAAGACUCCUCUUACUUCUCUCAUUCUUCGAGAACUGACUCUGGCACUGGGACUUUCAGUGGGACUGGCGGGGGCUCGAGCUUCUUUACCUCGAGAAAGACUUCAGAGGCUUUAGAUGAGCUUCAAACCUAUAGAGAGAUGAAAAAUCUUUUGCUGGCUCAGAGCCGAACCCAGUCGGUGACCUUGGAACCCCUCGAAGCAACAGAUGAAGUAGCUUGAAAAUUGGUUUCUCUCUAGCUGGAUCUGAUCGCAAAAGUGGAGUUUCAUCGGCUCCAGGCUCUCGCUUGGUUUCUGUACAUAACAUACGUGAAAUAUUUUGGGCCUUUCCAACAUAAUAUAUCUAUAUUGUGACAUGUUGAUGUAUUUAGUGCUACAUGGUGUUUCUUUGACUGGAAAUUCUCUCUUUCUGCA